UGCCUCCAGUGCGACUCAUUUCCAGCCCGGGACACAUCAGCUGAGACAUGAGUGGACGAGUGGGAGACCUGAGCCCCACACAGGCUGACAUCUUAGCAGAGUUUCGGGGGAGGAUCCAGGACGUCCUCCCUAACCUGCCCGCACAGCAUGACCAUUACCUGCUACGCUGGCUCAGAGCUCGGAGCUUUAACGUCCACAAAGCUGAGGCCAUGAUCAGAAAGCAUGUGGAGUUCAGGAGGCAGAUGAACAUAGACACCAUCAUAUCUGACUAUCAGCCACCAGAGGUGAUUGAGAAAUACGUGUCCGGGGGAAUGUGUGGCUACGACAGAGAGGGCAGCCCCAUCUGGUAUGAUGUGAUCGGCCCUCUGGAUCCUAAAGGUCUGCUGCUGUCCGCCACCAAACAGGACUUUCUGAAAACCAAGAUCAGACACACAGAGAUGCUGCAGCGGGAGUGUCGGAGGCAGUCAGAGAAGUUGGGGAAGAACAUUGAAGCCAUCACUCUGAUCUACGACUGUGAAGGACUAGGACUGAAACACGUGUGGAAACCUGCGAUUGAGACCUACGGAAAGAUCCUCACCAUGUUUGAGGACAACUAUCCCGAGGGGCUGAAACGAGUGUUUCUCAUUAAAGCUCCCAAAAUGUUUCCAAUGGCCUACAACCUAAUCAAACACUUCCUGUGUGAGGAGACGCGGCGCAAGAUCAUCGUUUUAGGAGGUAACUGGCAGGAUGUGCUACGUCAACACAUUGACCCCGAGCAGCUUCCUGUGGUGUACGGAGGCAAGCUGACAGAUCCUGAUGGCGACCCUCGCUGCACAACUAUGAUCAAAUAUGGCGGCACGGUGCCGAGAUCCUACUAUGUUCAGGACUCAGUGAAGGUUCAGUACGACACCAGCGUGACCAUCAGUCGCGGCUCUGUCUUCCAGCUGGAGUGUGAUGUUACUGCGCCAUGCAGCCAACUGAGGUGUCAGUUUGCCAGUGAUGGAGCCGACAUCGGGUUUGGCGUGUACAGGCGGACCAAAGAGGACAGUCAGAAAGUGACUGACAUGCUGCAGGUGCUGCCCAGUGAACGCUACAAUGCACACCUGGUCCCUGAGGACAGCUGGCUCACCUGCCCUGAGCCUGGAGUCUACGUGCUGUGUUUUGAUAACAGCUACAGCGUCCUUCAGUCCAAGAAGGUGAGCUACAAAGUCGAGGUCCUUCCUCCUCCUCCUCCUCUGGAUGGACAGACGCAGGAUCCACACAGCAGAGGAGACGACAGGCUGCAGUGACCGAGGCCUCGCGUGGAAACACAGAUCACUGAUCAGCGCUCUUGGCUCAUGCUGUGUUCCAUUUGCAUCGGAACUUGGGAAGUGGGAGUGACGUAACCCAGAGUUCACUGCGUUCCAGUUUAGAAGUCCGGAAUAAACGUGGACGCAGACGUAUCUCAGGGUAGCCAUUGUUAGCAAUACUAGUCCAUAGCAACAUGUCUACAGUUAAAAAAAACAAACUUUACUGUGAAACAAAUAUGACAGAAGUGCUAUUAAUGAUAAAAGCAGCAGGUUCCAACUUCUGCAUUUAGCUUCUGAGCUAAGUUCUGUGGUCUGAUUACAAAUGGAGCGCACAUUAGACCAGUUACAAACAUUAUUAUACAUGUGGUCCGCUGUACGUGAAGCCACACCUUGAUUUUGUUAUGUUUAUAGUACCUAGUUUGUUUUUUGUUUUUUUACUACAAAUGGAACGCACCAAGAUGCUACAUGUUGUUAGCUGUAGCUACCAUGCUAACCCGAAUGCUAGCGUCUGCUUGUCCAGGAGAAAAGAGUGUAUGUAAGUUCACAAACUUCAAUACUUCACUCACUCGAGCCCUUUUUCAAACGUGAACAUUUCAAGUGUUUCUUUUCCAGUGGGAAACACACAUGUGAGGGGGGGUUGUGUGAUGUAUAAGCAUGAGCUGUCGCUGCACUGCUCUCAUGACAUCUGACUGGGGAGCUAGCGUAUGGUUAGCACUCUGGUUGCCUUUGCAGCAAGAAGACACAGGUUCGAGACCCGGUCGGAACGAGGACCUUGAAUGGAGUUUGAAGGUCCUAACAUGCAGAUUUGGGGAUUAGGUUAAUCGGACACUCUAAAUUGACAGUUAGAGUGGAUGGUUGGUAGUUUGUCUCUAAAAGUGUCCCUACAGCACAACCCUCAGGUGGAGGAUAAACUGGUAGAAAAUAGAUGAAGCUGGCAUGCGACGUUUUGGAAAAUGUCCAGAUUAACUUUUGCAAACAUUUGUGUUCUCGCCUAUAAUUUCAGGAAUAUGUCUGGAUUACAGUGCAGGUCUGAAAGGAUCUCAAAUUCUAUGUCGGUGAUGCAUCUGGCUACGUUUUUGGCCGUGUGGCUUGUCUGAGCUUCGGUCAGAUUCUUGCCUGCUCUGAUUUAAUCUAAAAAGAAUAAAAAAAUACACAUUCAAACAGUAAUUACAACAUUCGAUUAUUAUUGAUUUUCUUAAUAUUAAAAUUAUAUUCGACAGCCCUAGUGUCACUGUAUAAUAAAUAUUCUAUUGGUUUCCCGCCACUUGCUAGUGAUCCGCAUAUUUGAUGUGGCAGAGAUUUGUUUUUACACCAGUCCUUCCUGACAAAACCGUCCCAUUCCUCUGGGCUUGGGUCCUGGCAUUGAGAGUACACUGGACGUCGCCCCCCUGUGGCUGUGGUCAGUUUGAAUUGGGUACUUUACUCAGGGCUACCUCAGCUCUUGACCUGUUGGGAUUCGUACCAGCAACCGUCCAGUUACAAGCCAAGUUCCCUUUCCACUAGGCCCAGGAAAUCCUACAUAUACCACCUUUAAAAUCAAAUCAGCUUCCUGAUUGACUUGAGUGCACGUAAACAAAUCACAUGAUGCUGACAAACCACAGAUCGACCAAAACAGAAACGUUUCAGCUUUUGUUUCAUUGCUCUCGAAUCACAAAUUUAUUCCGUGCCGUGUUAGCACCAAAUUAGCGCGCAGUGGAAUAAUAAAGACUUUGGGUUCAGAUUGUAAUUUACAGUUUUACCACAUUUGCUUACAAGUAUUUUUCUCUACAUAGACGUCUUUUGUUAUAUAAACCGAAGCACUUCAUGAACAAUUCUUGUAGCGGAACACACACGGACAACCAAUGUCAUUAUACUGACUGUGACGUAGCAUCUGUUUAUGCAUAUAUGAGAUAUUUCAUUUUAAUAAAUCUAAUGACACAAACUGAUAUAGACAUUCUGCAGUGUACUUUUCCACUAAUGCAACAGAGAACAAUCAUAGUUUAACAUACAUACUGUAGAAAAUGUCAGUAUCAUUUACUUUUUUUUAAAAAAAUUCAAUCGUUGUGCUUGCUUUAAACUUUUCUCCAUUUGAGAAUAUUGUGAAAAUGUGCAUAUUAAGAUAAAUGUAAAUGUUUCAGAAAUAAUAAGUGAUACACAGACUCUAUUGUGCUACAUUGUUUUGAUCAUGACACUGAGAAAUGUCUGGUUUCUACUUCACUUAGGAGCUGUUAUUUCCAGUAUUUCCAGCACACACACACACACAUUCUGGGCCAAAUAAGGAGCAAAGUGAUUGUGUAAUAAUGUUGCUCAUAAUGAAGGUUUUUAUACUACAGUCCUAAUGACAGACUUUAUAGAACAAAAAUGAAUGCUGCUUUAAUAAAGGCUGUUAUUGUGUA